UUUUCCCAAAAUACCCCAAAUACUUUUCAAAUCACUUCAUAAUAAAAACAAUUAUUACAUGGAACUUGAUGAUUAUAGUAAACAUCAUCACAAAAUCAACAGUUUCUUUUCCAUUCUGGUGCAGAUUUUGAACUUCAACUUGAGCUUUCUUGCCUCUUUCAAUCACAAAAGCUGCACCAAGAAAUGGACUCAACGAUUGGAUCUCGUGUUGGCUUUGUAGCUUUACUGGUUUUACUAUUCUCUUGCUCAACAUUCACUUCCACAGAAGCUUAUGAUCGGUUAGAUCCAAAUGGAAAUAUAACACUCAAAUGGGAUAUCAUGAGUUGGACUGCAGAUGGUUAUGUUGCUAUUGUAACAAUGUACAACUUUCAACAAUAUCGUCAUAUUCAAAAGCCAGGAUGGACAUUAGGGUGGACAUGGGCUAAAAAGGAAAUAAUUUGGAACAUGAUUGGAAGCCAAACAACAUACCAAGGAGAUUGUUCGAAAUUCAAAGCAGAAAUUCCACAUUGUUGUAAGAAAGACCCAACCGUAGUUGAUUUGUUACCGGGAACACCUUACAACCAACAGGUUGGAAAUUGUUGCAAAGGUGGUGUCUUGAGUUCAUGGGCUCAGGAUCCGAGCAAUGCCGUAAGUUCUUUUCAGGUUAUUGUUGGCUCAGCUGGAACAACUAAUAAAACGGUUACACUUCCAAGAAAUUUCACCCUCAGAGCACCUGGUCCUGGUUAUACUUGUGGUCCUGCAAAAAUUGUCAAACCAACUCAAUUUAUUACCAGUGACAAGAGAAGAGUCACACAAGCCUUGAUGACAUGGAAUAUUAUCUGCACUUAUUCUCAAAGACUUCAAAAAAGACUUAGAGUAUGAACAAUCAAAUAUGAAAGUUGUUGAAUACGAGAUUUCUCAAAAUCUUUCUACAAAAGCACUACUAUUGAUUUUGGAAAAGUUCAAAACUCUUCGUCAGCUAGGUUGCCUUACUGACAAAGUAUGCUAUUGAUUUUGGAGAUAAAGAAUAACUUGGAACGCCUUGUAAUAUUGAUGAUUAUAGAGACAAAGAGUAGUUGUCUUGCUCAAUGUUUUAUUUUCUUGUUUUGUGUGUUUUAUCUUUCUGUCUUUACCGCUUUGCUUUCAAGUUAAUGAUAUGUGUGGUAUAUGUGUUGUUUCUAUUUGAAAAAAUUGGUGAUUAAUUUUUUUGAUUAAAUUGUGAUAUAUGUAUCCAUGUGGUGUUAUUA